CCCAUAUGGGAUCCCAGUGUGUUCAAGGCAAGGACUUCAGCCACUAGGCCAUGCCACCGGGCCCAGCAAUUACUGUAUUUUAACAGCUAGCAGCUGGGCUGGAGUGUCAAGGGGAAGACACAGCAUUUGAAAAACAAUUAGUUGGGCCAAGUAAUACCUUCUUUUGGUCCAAGUUCUGAGGAAUACCCAAGCUGCUGCUGAGUCAAAGCUUCAGGUCUGGGCAACCUAGCAGGCACACAUGUGCAAGUCAGCUAGACAAGCACUUGCUUCCCCAAGGCCACCUGGCUGGAGUGAUAAGGAAGGCCAGGGUGGCCAUAUCCCAGGAUUUCUGAGGCUGCCCCCAGGAAGAACUGAGCCCUCCAUGCACCAGGGGAGCCUGGGGUUAAAAGUGUGGAAUCUGCUGCUGAGAAUGAAUCAUGUGCCAUGAGUGGGGCCCAGCAAGUCGGUCCUUGGGCCUCCCCAGGUGUGAUGACAGUGCCUGGAACUGUCUGCCUUGGUGGCGCCGCGGCCGCCCCCAUGCUGUGCAUCCUUUCUUUGGCCAGGACCGACCAGCAACAGAUGAGCUUUAUGAUAAGGAGCCAGAAAGGUCGGCUACAGCCAGGGAUGGUGGUCUUUCUGCAGAUAUGUGGUGGUCUGGGUUCCCAGCCCUCAUUUUCUGAAUCCCACCAAACUGGGGAAGCAGUAAUUAAGAAAGACUGGACUGUUGCUCAAAUUUUCUCGUUUUAUUCCUGGACCACGAGAGUUGAGUGCUUUGAGCCAGAGGUCAGCUCCCCACAACAGAGCAAAGAAGGGUCAGGAAUAGGUUUAGGGUAUUGUCAACUAUUCAUUAUUACAGUGAAACAUUUAUGGAGGGAAAAGAGUUAUUUUGGCUCUCGGUUUUGGAGUUGUGCUGUCCAGGACCAGGUGUCCCCUUAUUUUGGCAUCUGAUUGUCAUCUUCACCUUAGCUGGAUGUUAAGUUGGUGCAGAACAUCACACAGCAAGGGGGAAAGUGGGUGGAGGAGGUUCUCAGAAUGAGCCAGGAAGCAAAGACUUCGCUUUUGUAAACAAUACUCUGGAGAGGACCCCUUUUGAUAACAUGUGUCCAUUAGCCUGAGGCCCUCCCAUUAGUGACACCCCCUGAAUGCCGUGGUUGGAUGAAGUUUGUGCCCUCUUAGUGCCAUCAGCUUUGUGAGUUCAGAACACUUUACUCGGACUGUAUUGGGGACAAACAGAAUAACCAGCUUGAGGGAAAAUGGACCAAUGGAGGAAUCCCAGCUGAGUCAGUCCUUGGUGCUUGGGAUUAUCAAGAAGGGGCAGAUUCAGGUCUGGACUGUUUUUCUUGUGCUUAUAGAGGCAGAGCCCACAACUAAGUAUAACACUUUCCUACCUCAAACACUUUCUACCAGGCACUGUUCCUGCUCUGCCUCUUCCCCUGCUCGUCUGCUCUUUACACUUGCUUCCAAGCUCAGCUCCAAUCCUGCCUCCUCCUGCAAAUAUUUCCUAGUGGACCAUUUUUUUGAUUUGGCUGUCAUCUUAACAAGAAUGUUACAUCUUCAUACCUUCACCUGGAAGUCAGCACUCUGCUUUUUAUUGUUGCUGUUAUGUAUCUUAUUAGAUAUACAUUCCAAUCUUCGAACUAAACACAAAGGCAUGAAGAAAGAAGCUGUACGUACAGUAGCUCUUCAAUCAACCUGUACCAAAGGGAAAAAAACAAGAAUAUCAUGAAGCAGCGCUGACUUUAAUAAUUGUGUGUGGUUGUGUAAACACUCUGUGAACAGAAACUCACGGAUAUACAAGAGUGGCUGCUAUGGAGCAGGCGGAGGCCCAGCUCUCUGAGUUGGAUCUGCUGGUCAGUAUGUUCCCUGGUGAAAAUGAGCUCAUGGUGAAUGACCAGCUGGCUUUGGCAGAACUGAAAGACUGCAUUGAAAAGAGAACAAUGGAGGGGCGAUCUUCAAAAGUUUACUUUACUAUCAAUUUGAACCUGGAUGUAUAUGAAGAAGCAAUGGCAGUGUUUUCUCUGGCUUGUGUUCUUCCCUUUAAAUACCCGGAGGUUCUGCCUGAAAUUACAGUCAGAUCAGUGCUGUUAAGUAGGUCACAGCAGACUCAAUUGAACACGGAUCUGACUGCAUACCUGCAAAAGAAUUGCCUUGGAGAUGUGUGUGUGUUGAAUGCCACGGAGUGGGUUAGAGAACAUGCCUCUGACUACAUUACCAGAGAUGUUCUACCUCCUUCCACCACUGGAUGCACAGUACAGUCUGUCGAUCUAAUUCUCACAAGACUUUGGAUAUAUAGCCAUCACAUCUACAACAAAUACAAGAGGAAGAAUAUUCUAGAGUGGGCAAAGGAGCUUUCCCUGUCUGGGUUUAGCAUGCCUGGAAAACCUGGCGUUGUUUGUGUAGAAGGCCCGCAAAGUGCCUGUGAAGAAUUCUGGUCAAGACUCAGAAAGUUAAACUGGAAAAGAAUCUUAAUUCGCCAUCGAGAAGACACUCCUUUUGACGGUACGAAUGACGAAAUGCAAAGGCAAAGGAAAUUUUCCAUUUUUGAAGAGAAAGUGUUCAAUGUUAGUGGAGCCAGAGGAAACCAUAUGGACUUUGGGCAGCUCUAUCAGUUCUUAAAUGUCAAAGGCUGUGGGGAUGUCUUCCAGAUGUUCUUUGGUGUAGAAGGACAGUAACAGCAAAACAGUGAUUGCAAAUAGUUUAUCACUACAGGCCUUUUGAUUGUUUCCCACUGUUUACUGAUAGUCCCACUGUAAUUUAAUCACAGUUCCGUUGUAGAAUGUUGAAAGGAAGAAAACCAAACAAAAAAAUCAGUAUAGCUGAAAUACAUUUGUUAAAAAUGUCAUGAUUGAGAAUAGGUGAUCAUCCUAGCAACUGAGAUGACCAGAUCUCACAUGAACUGCCAGGGUUACAGUCCCAGUUUGGGCUCCUGCUCCAGCUUCCCACCUGCGCUGACUCCAGAGGGCAGUGGUUACAGCUCAGGCAGCGGGUUCCUGCCACCUCCUGGUUACACUCCCAGCUUCCCACCCGCGCUGACUCCAGAGGGCUCAGGCAAUGGGUUCCUACCACCUCCUAGGAGGCCUGGAAUGUGUUCCCAUCCCAUCCUUCCAGCCCCAGCCAUUGCAGAUAUUUGGGGUGUGAAUCAAGAUGAUAACUCUUUUGAAUCAGUUUUUGAAAACUGCAUGAUUAAAUUUCAAGUUAUCUUAGAGUUUUUGCUAAACCUUUUUUUUUGUUUUACAAACUACUCAUUUUGAAAGAAAAACUGUGUAUGGCGAUAAUAUUGAUGAUCUAACUUUCCAGCAAUACCAGUUCUCUCCCCCCUUACCUCCCUCAAUAAAGAACCUGAAAAAGUU